AUGAGUGGUAUCGCAGAAAAAAGAGAAAAUGAUCAACACGAUAACGAAAAACAAACUAAAAAAAUAAAAUCGAAAACAAAAGAAUUACCUUUUGAGCAAUUAUAUUUAGAUAGAUUACCAAAUGCAUUAAUGUAUGAAAAAAGUUAUAUGCACAAAGAUAUUUGCACAUUUGUUACAGUCAGUAGAUCAGAAUAUAUUAUUACAACAGAUAUAUUGGGAUAUGUAAAGUUUUGGAAGAAACAACCAACAGGAAUAGAAUUUGUUAAAACAUUUAGAUCACACAACGGUCCAAUAUCAUCUUUAUCAAUUUCAUUCGAUGGUUCAUUAUUAUGUACAGUUGGUUUUGAUAAAAAUGUUAGAAUUUUCGAUGUAAAUAAUUUUGAUUUAAUAAAUUCUUUUAAAGUUCCAUUUUUGCCACUAACUUGCGAAUGGGCCUAUGGUGUUAACUCAAGUAAAACUUUAAUUGCAAUUUCUUCAAGAGAAUCAUCAGAUAUUAAUUUAUAUGAUUCAAAGUUAGAGUCUACAAAUAAUAAUAGUAAUAUUGAGCCAUUACAUAUCAUUAAAAUUCAUAAAAAACCAGUUCAUUUAAUGAAACUUAAUCAUCAAUUUAAUUGUAUUAUAUCAGCGGAUAUUGGUGGUGGAUUCGAGUAUUGGGAUAUAGAAGAACCAUUUGAAGAACCAAAAAAUGUUAAAUUUUCAUUCAAAUUAGAAACAGAUCUCUAUGAUUUCUUAAAGAACCAAACUAUACCAACAAGUUUAGAAAUUAGUGGUAAUGGUCGUUAUAUUUCAACUAUGGCUAGGGAUAAACGUAUUCGUAUUUUCCAUUAUCAAACUGGCAAACUUCAUAGAGUUUAUGAUGAAUCAUUCGAAGUUUUACAAAAGAUUCAAAAAUCAGAAGACCCAACCUAUCAUAUCGAUAACGCGGAUUUUGGCCGUAGAAUGGCAGUAGAAAAAGAAAUUGAUACAAUGUUUGAUAACUUUACAAAUAAUAUAACAACUAAACAAGCUCCACCAUUAAAUGUAAUUUUAUUUGAUGAAACCUCAAAUUUUUUAAUUUAUUCAACAUUGGUUGGUAUUAAAUUCAUAAAUAUGGUUACAAAUAAAGUUGUUAGAGUUUUAGGAAAAAUUGAAAAUUCAACAAGAUUUUUAGGUUUAUCAUUAUAUCAAGGUAAAAAUGAAGGUGAUGUUUCAUUAGGUACUAAAAAGAGAGAUAGCGAAAAUGACCCAACAUUAUUUUGUUUAGCAUUUAAGAAACAAAGAUUUUAUAUGUUUUCAAGAAGAGAACCAGAAGAGCACGAUAACCCAGAUUUAGGUAGAGAUGUUUUCAAUGAAAAGGUUACCAAGGAUGAACAAUUAUUAAUUCAAAAUGCUCAAAGACAAUUGCCAAGAAAUGCAGUUAUUCAUACCUCAGUUGGAGAUAUUCAUAUCAUGUUAUAUCCUGAUGAAUGUCCAAAGACUGUUGAAAAUUUCACCACUCAUUCAAAGAAUGGAUAUUAUGAUGGUAUAAUAUUCCAUCGUGUUAUCAAGGGUUUUAUGGUUCAAACUGGUGAUCCAUUGGGUGAUGGUACAGGUGGCACAUCAAUUUGGGAUAAAGACUUUGAAGAUGAAUUCAAUCGUAACUUAAGACAUGACAGACCAUUCACUGUUUCAAUGGCAAAUGCAGGACCAAAUACUAAUGGCAGUCAAUUUUUUAUUACAACCGUACCAGUUACAAGAUUGGAUAAUAAGCACACUGUUUUUGGUAGAGUUUAUAAAGGUACCGAUGUUGUUAGUGCAAUUGAAAAAGUUAAAACUGAUAAAGAGGAUAAACCACUUAACGAUAUAUCAAUUAUCAGCAUUAAAAUUACUCAAGAGGUCCCACCAGAAUUCCAGAACAAAAAAAUAUAA